UUUUUAUUUUGUGAAUUAUUCGGAUUAUUAGCCCAGGCCCAGCAUCAGCAAGUAGCUCCGCCCUUUCGGCGCCAUUUGGCUGCUCCGACGACGCGUGUAAAUCUGGGUACCUUGCAGAUCGACACGCUCAAGACGACGCAGAUGAGCCCAAAACUCACAGAAGACUGUGGAAUCUUCCCAAAGGCGGUAGAAGGAUACGGAUCCCUCCAUCCCGUCUCAAUCCAAAUCCAUUUCACCACAAAAUUCCCAGGGAGCCCUGCCUACAUAUAAACAGCUUUCUUCGUCGAAGAAGUCCUGAAAAUCUUCGAGCAACAACCCAAGCUAGCCAUCCCCAUCCUUCAAUAAAUUCAACAAAUCGUAUAAACCAUGUCGAUCAUUCCGAGUUUUUUCGGCGGCCGGCGAAGCAGUACCGUCGACCCUUUCUCUCUGGACGUGUGGGACGCCUUCGAGGGGUGGCCGUUCACCGGCACCGUUGCGAACGUGCCUUCGUCUGCUCGCGAAGCCUUCAAUUUCGUGAACCCGCGGAUCGAUUGGAAGGAGACGUCGGAAGCACACAUAUUGAAGGCGGAUCUGCCGGGGCUGAGAAAGGAGGAAGUGAAGGUGGAGGUUGAAGACGGGAGAGUGCUGCAAAUAAGUGGGGAGAGGAGCAGAGAGGAGGAGGAGAAGACGGAUAAGUGGCACCGGGUGGAGAGGUCCGUAGGGAAAUUUGUUCGGAGAUUCAGGAUGCCGGAGAACGCGAAGAUGGAUCAGGUGAAGGCGACCAUGGAGAACGGGGUGCUGAGCGUUGUUGUGCCCAAGGAGGAGGAGAAGAAGCCCGAGGUGAAGGCCAUUGAGAUCUCCGGGUGAGUCCACUGGGUGGGUUGGGCUUAGCGCUGGGUCGUGUUAAAUAAAUGGUGUGAGAAGUGAAAAGCGUUGUGUGCUGUUUCUGUUAUGGGUUAGCAGGAAUGUAAAAAUUUGUGAGUAGGACAUCGUGUGUGUGCGUGUGGGGUGCUGCUGUAAUAUAUUUUGUUUGUGUGCGAGAUAAAUGAGUUAGUGUAUUAUAAGUUCAAUCGAAUUAUGAGACGAAUGUUCCCUGCGUUUGGUGA